AUGCAGAGUCUUCUUCACCCAUCAACACUUCCUUAUUCAUAAUUAAAACUUGACCCUCUUACAAAUAUAGCUACUUUACCAAUAUGUCCAAUAAGCUUGUCCUUCUUUCUCUUUGCAUCUUCACAAUUUUCAUCUCUUCUUCUAACGCCAUUUCUUCAUGCAACGGCCCAUGCAACUCCUUGAACGAUUGUUCGGGGAAACUAAUAUGUAUAAAGGGAAAAUGCAACGAUGACCCUGAUGUUGGAACCAAUACUUGUGGAGGCGGAGGAGGAGGAAGCUCUCCUUCUCCUCCGGGUCCUACUGGCUCAACGCCCGGUCACCUUACCCUCAACGACUUCAGUGAAGGCGGAGAUGGGGGUGGUCCAUCAGAAUGUGAUGAACAAUAUCAUGAUAAUAGUGAAAAAAUAGUGGCGUUGUCUACUAGCUGGUAUGCUGGUGGUUCGAGGUGUGGGAAAAUGAUAAGUAUUAGGGCAAAUAGUAAUGGGAAGAUUGUAACGGCUAAGGUUGUGGAUGAAUGCGAUACAAAGGAUGGUUGUAAAAAUGAUGUGGUUGAUGGUUCCAUUGCUGUGUGGACAGCAUUGGAGUUAAACACAGAUGAUGGUAGAGUUCCUAUUACUUGGUCCAUGGCCUAAGAAAUAAUAUUAUUCUGUGGUUUAAUUAUUUUGCAUGUUUCUUGUUGUAAUAGCAUACGUUGAAUGAUUGUGUCAUCAUGUAAUAAGAUGGACACUAGAUCUAGUACAUCAAGAAUUGGCUAUGAAAUAUUCCUAAUUAAUUUGUAUGUGUGAUUUCCAAGGAGCAAAGCAAUAUGUCCGAGUACCCAUUGAAGUUUCAAAAUAUUCAUCUUCUAUA